GCUGGUCGGAGCAUCUUGGUGUUGCAAAAACAGUGUUCUAGAGAAUCCAAGUGAAGGAUAUAGGGAUCUUGAAGCCAUAUAGUACUGAACUUUUCUAGUGGAAUUUAUUACAAGGAAUAUUUCUUAAAAAUAUGUGUUCCAAAAAUCUCUUCUUCUCAUUGGCACUCAUACUUGUUCUGGUUCCAAUGAUCGUGUCCUUCCCGAGGCAUCACACCCUUGCCAAGAGGAGCACCUUCUUCGAUAUCGAAUGCAAAGGUGUCUUCAACAAAUCCAUCUUCUUCCGACUGGACAGGAUCUGCGAAGAUUGCUACUCACUGUUCCGGGAACCUCAGCUUCAUUCACUUUGCAAAGAUAAAUGUUUUGACAAUGAAUAUUUUAAUGGAUGUGUGGAGGCUCUGCUCCUGGAGGAGGAGUUAGAAAAGUUCAUCAAGUGGAGAGAAUUGCUGGGCAGGAAAUAAAGAGAAAAAUAAAGAGAAAAAAAUAACCAAGUGAAAAUAAAAUACCACAGCAGAAGAAACACUUAAAAAAAAUGAUGAUAUAGAUACGUUUCAAUUGAUAACAUUACGCAUCAUGAUAUUAUGUACAUAUUAUGUAUAAUUUUACAUUAGAUAACAUCUAGUCUCAGUGCUAAAUUAUUUUUUAGUCUUUAUGGGGAGUACUUUGAGAGAACAAAAAGAAAAAACAAAAAACAAAUACGUGGAAAUCGAUGGGGGAAAAUUCUUCAUAAGUUUCUAAUUGUAAGUUACUUUUUUUUUGUUUGUGAGGGGGAGGAAAAGGGGAGAAGCACCCUCAGAAAAAAAUUAUUACAAUUUUUUUUAAAGGAGGGGGUGAUGGGAUAAACGAUGAAAAUUCCUCCGUCAUAUCAGAAAAUAAAAGUCACUUGUGAGGAUGAAGGGUGAAAAACUUUCGCGUUUUUAGUGAAAAUUUGGCUGGAAUUUUCACAGCAAAAGUACCCUUCCUCUCUUCAAUCUCACGAGCUAGUGAAAAAAAUUAAAAAGAAAAUAGAGAAAAAAACUAAAAACAGAAUUUGAGCGGGUGAUGGAAAUAUUUUCAUCAAUUUUUUUUAUUUGUAAUUAUUGUUUUCUUCAAUUUUCCUUUUUUAUAAUAAAAAGUUGAAAAAUAUGAAAAAAAAUAUCUCGUUAUUCAAGAACGCGCUUCUUUGAAAUAAAUUACAGCAGGAAAAGUGGUGGUAUGAUUGAAAGCAUUCGGAUUAAUCGCAUAUACGGUAAUGAGUCCGAAAAUUGGUUUGACACUCCUGUCAAAAUUAAAUAUUUUCUAAAUUCUGAAUACAGAUUUUUCGAAACACUUCGAAAAUAUUGAUGGCCGUUUGUUACGCCAUCUUGGAGCCGCUUUUUCUUAUUCUUUUAUGACUACAUGGAUCUGUUUGAAUCCGACAGACGUAAAAAUUAAAAUAAAGAAGAAGAAUGUCAGUUUAAGAAAAUGUCACUUUAAUGAAUUUGAACAAAGUUAACAAAUUAUUGAAAAUUUAUUUUCUGAAACAAUAGUGUAACUUUUCCGGAAAAAACUGUAAAAACUAUACAUAAUUUCAGAAAAAAAAUCUUGAGGGUAUUGAAAAUUUGUGUAAACUAACCUUAUAAAAUACUUUUAACAAUUAUGGACGUGAUAUAAUUUUGAAAAAGAAACGAUAAAAACUUAGAAAAGUCCACCAACAGAAACAGUAAACGUUUAUCCGAAAUUUGGCUGAUCAGUACCGAAAUUAACAGAUAAGAAUCCAUGAGAGAAGGAGGAUUUUCGACUAUUUUGUGUUUAAUAGCUGUCACACGAAUAUCGCAAAGCCGAAUAUUAAAGAGCUCUAUUAUUAAUUCAUUCCUAAAUUUUUUGAAUUGGUGCUUUAUUUAGGCGAAAAUAUAUAAUAUUUUAUCGGAAAUAGAGUAAAAAGCGUUUGACACUUAAUUGAAAAUGCUAGAAAUAAUGUCCAAUGGUAAAUUUCCCCUUAAUUUUUCACCCAUUUAAGGUCUUAUAGCAGUUGUAAUAAGAUUAAAAUGACCCUAUGAAAAGUUUGAGGUUAAAUCAGAAGGAUCUAAGUUGAAAUAAUUGGGAUUUAUACAAUUAUUAAUAAAAGCAAAGGCGUAAUUUCAUGAAGGAAUUUAGCCUAGAUCAAAAUGUUAGUAAACGUUACUAAAUUAUUAUCAAAAUAUUGAAACCAAGGUUUCAGUUUUUCAAUCUGUUACAUCUGUCACACCUCAUCUUGAGGUAUUCAGCGCUUUAAUUUGACUGUUUCUUAGCUAUACAGAAUGUUUUUGCUCAAUUCAGCGCUUUUAAAUCUUAUUUGGUAAAAUCUAAAAACCACUAGUUUUGAAUUCAGCGCUUUUAUCUUCGUUCCUUAAUACACGUUCUUGAGAAGAUUAAUCAACGUUAUGAAUUUAAUUUAAACCCAGUAAAUAGUAUAACAAUCUUCAGCUAAAUUUAAAAGCAUUAAGAAUUUAUAUAGCUAAAAAAUUUUCAGUAGAGGUAAAGAAGGCAUCCGCGAUUAUCUUUAAAAAUAAAAGGAAAGACUAGAACAAAUUUGAUAUUGCCGUUUCAGCUUAAUUAUUCUAAAAUUUGUUGCAUUAUGACUUUGAAAAGUUCAAAGAAAUUUAAGAGUUUUAAAAUAUAUUAAGAUCAGAGAAAACUGGAAAGCUAAAGUUUUGAAGAUUUAUAACAGAAUUGAUAGCCUCGCUUUUUUAUUAAAGAAGGUUUAAAAAGUCAAAUAGCUUAUUUAUCUUCGAAAGAAAGCUUCGGUGUUCAAUCCAGCACAGGGAGAACUUUGUUAUUCAACAGAUUAAAAAUGUAGUACUAAAGCGCUGAAUACUCUAAAAAUUGCAUUUCAGCGCUUUAUUUGACUAUACAAGGAAGUUCCUUUAGUUAUUCAUUGUUUUUGUCACUAUUUCCGCUAAUUAGAGAUUAAUUGUUAUUUCUGGGCAAUCUAUCUUCCUUAUGAAAUAAAAUAUCUCUAUAAAAUGCAAAUCUUAAUGUAGUUUGCAACAAAAUGGUCCAUUAAAAUAGAAUUCAGCGCUAUGAAAAUCAAUUUAGAGACCUCAAUUCCUUUUUAAUAUUCCUUUAUUGACAUUCAGCACCCUCUUCUGCUUCUCCUAUUUUAUGUAAGGCUGUCGGACUCACUCGGGUCCAUAUAGCCACAUUCAGUACCUUAUUCUUAAUUUUUAAAUACUUUUGAAGGCGCUGUCAUUCAAUUCAACGCAUUAAAAUGCGUCAUUUAAAUUACUUCAAGUACUUUUUCUGUCAUUCGAAUUAAUUUAAGAACAAUUAAUUCAUGUAAUAUACAAUUCACUUUACUAGUUUUUUUUGGAAAAUAAUUAAUAAAUCGAAAGUUUUCUUUGAUUUCAAUUACACAUAGUAAAAUAAAUUUUAAACAAUUUGAUAGAAGGGAGUCUCAGACCUUCUAUAUAAUUUGGAAGUAACCAAUAUUUCAAUAACUGAUUGUUUGCAGAUGAUUUGAUUAAAAAAGUAAAUGUCAUCACUUACCUUCGAUAUUAAUUACAAUUAUUGUUAACUUUUAUCGUGUUAUAGAAAUAACACUACUUUAAGAAGGAUAAAGCUUAAUCCAAGUCUCUCUUUGUCAAUUAAAUUACUUUGGAUUAAUGAAAAUGGAGGUUGAAUCCGAGUUGUUUUGUUCGGAUUGAGCGCAUUGGCAAUUGUAUGCGAUAGUAUCGAAUAGUUCAGUCAUGCUACCACAGCCACCAGAAAAAAGUUCAAGAGAAGAAAACCACAAGAAUAACCACAAAAUGUAUAGAUUUGUAAGCCACCACAUUCCUACUAGAGCAGUAUUUAAUGGUUUGUUUUAUAAAUUCAAUGGGGAUUAAAUCAUUUCUAUUCGAAAGUUCGUGUGCAGAAAAAUUCAAAAUAUUUGCUGGAAUUUAGACGAGGGCACAAAGUAGUUCACACCAAGCACACUUCAGGAGCAAAGAAACAAAUAAGAAUGCAUUUAAAAUUUAAUACUCAUUUAUAUAUUUUUUUCUAAUUUAUUAUAAUUUCUCUUUAAAUUGAUCACUUACAUUUUUUUUCACAUCGGCACCGAUUCCUAUAAUUUUUUUUUGUUUAAAAUCUAAAUUCCAUGCUCUAUCGAAUGGAUCGAUCUCAUUCUUAAACCCAAGUUCUUUCACGAGAUCCAACCAUUGGAUAGAGCCCACCCAAAAUGAUAAGAGAUAUCAACGAAAGAACAAAGUUAAAAAAUUGUCAGUUCCUGAGCCAAUUUAUACAAUUGAUAUAACUUUUUUUUAAUAUUGAGAAAAGAGAAGAUAAGAGAAAAAAAAGAACAGCAUAUUUUUGCAUGUGAAAGAAAAGAUAUUUAUAUUAUUGAUAUAAUACAUAAGAUGAAUACAAUUUUGUAAAUAAUAAUUAUUAUUAAAUGUCAGCAUUCAAAAUGUGAUUGAGUGUUUUAUUUAUUUAUGUUUCUCAAUCGCAUCUACAUCACUUCCUUUCCCUAUCCAUCCUUCCCUUUUGUUCUAUUUAUACUUAUUAUGUCCCUCUCUAAAUCCUCUCCAAGGUAUUUUGUUCUAAGGAUUCUACAGAUUAUCAUUGUCAGUUUGAAGUGGGAUAUUUUUGAGCUUUCUGCGAGGGAGUCUUCUAAGUAAUCUCAGGUAGGUUUCUAGCUGUCAAAAGUAGCGUGAGGAAAGUCAAUUCUCUGCGAUUUGAUUGGCUGGAGCAAUUCAACCAAUCAGCGAAUGACAGACCGUUUAAUAAGAGACAAAAGGUUAUGUUGCAAAACUAAUUUUUUUUUAAUGUUGUGUUUUAUUUAGCAUCAAAGAAUGAUCUUUGAAAAUUAAAAAAAAAAAAAUGGCUCCACUAAUAAGCUCCAUUAAUGAAGUAACUCCAUCUAACUCUAACAAAAUGUGUCUUAAAUCUAAGAGGUUAGGACAGGUAUUAGGGGAAGUGCGCCAAAUUUCGGCCAGCUUCUAAUUUCGGCCACUUUGAGUGUAAUUUCGGCCAUGCAAAUAAAUAAAUUAAAAUUAUGAGUGUAAUCUUCGAAUAGUCAAUAAAUUAAUUUUGCUUUUAACCCUCUAAGGCCGAUUGGAACACCGGUGUCCCAUAAAGAAAAUAAUUUUUCCUGACUACCUAGAGUUAAUUCUUUCUUAUGUUUGUAUGUAAUUGUAAACUAGAAGGUUGAAGGAAUCUAGAAUAUUUUUUGCAAGUCUCUCUAGCUAUUUGCUAUUUAAUAAAUAUUUAGCUAAAAAAUUGCGAAUUUUUAAAUUCUCAAAUUCAUAAUUGAUUUUAUUUAUUUUUUAUACUUCCAAUUUUUUUUUUUAAGCAAAAUCCUUUUGGCAAUAAAAACUACAAUACUCAUACGUAAUAUUUUUCAUGAAAGCGAAAAAUAUUAUUCAUUGGUAUUGUCAGAAAAAUUACUUAAAUUUUUGGGCUAUUUUUGUCCCUAUCGUUCAUAGAAGCACAAAAUACACCGAAUCACUCUGUUGGACUUUCCAAGGUUAGAUAUAAGACUUAUCAUUGAUUAUGUUUCUCAGUUUAAUUUUUAUUGUUGAUUUUCAGUCCGUAAAAAGUGUCUCGUUAAAGGGUUAAAUAUUUAUUCAUUUUAGGAUGUAUUAACACGAAGACCGUUUAAUUUUAGGUAUAAUUUGAAUUUAAAUUGCGUUGUUGUUAAAGCUCAGUAUGGAAAGAGUCUUACAAAAAAUGUGACAGAUCGAUUGUGUUUAUCGAUCUAUCGGUGAGAUAGUGUUGCCUAUUCCGGCAACAUCUUUUGCUUUCCUACAUUUUUUACUCAUUUUAUGUUCUUUUUUUUCAAUUUCUGAGUUCUACAAUGUCUCGAGAAAAAAACUAUCGCUUCUAUGAAAAAGAUGAUGUGAAAAUGCCUUGAAAGAGUUCAGGAAGGGCAAAUUGCUACGGGAACUUGCGCGUAAAUCUUAGAUGCUACUCUUCAGGUCUUCAGGACAAAUUACACGGAAGAUCUUAGGGUUUGUGGGUCAUAUAAACGUAUUAAAAUAAAUAUUAAACUCGUUUGACGUUUUGAAAUUUUCUAUCCGUUGCGUCACAAAAUGUGGUCAGAAAAAAGGUGGCCGGAAUUUCACUCAAAGUGGCCGGAAUACUACCCAAAGCAAUGCCCAUAUUUUUAUAAAUUUUUAAAUAUUUUAGGAAGUGAUUUAAAGAAAACAAAGAUGAUAAACUAGUUUUCAAGGUUCCACACAACCUUCCCGAAAAGGAAGUAACAAAAAAUAUCAAUAUGAAUUAAUAUAUUGUAUUUUAAACUUAGGACUUCGGUGCUUAUAUGCAACUAUGCCGAAAUUAGGCACACUUACCCUAUUGUGGUCUGGAAAGAGUUAAUACUUGAAAAUUUGUCGUCCAAAUACUCAACACAGUGUACCAAAAACUUCAAGGAAAAUAUUAAAAAAAAAAAAAACAAUAAUGACUUAUGCAAGAUUUGAAACCGAACUUUUCGAGAACGGGCUCAUCAUUUUAUUAAGUUUCAUUCUAUGGGAAAAUUCACGCUCAAAAAUCUUGAUAUCAAAUCCUGUCAAUGCUAAAUUUUUUAAUGAGAAUUCAUCUUGAUUUUCACACUUUUCAAUAUUUUUUGUCAACUUCCAAAGACUUCUAAGGAUAUCCAGAGCUUAUUUCAUCUGUUAGCUCCUUUAAAAUAUUUUCAUUGGAAACGUAAAAACGUUUUGCUCUGUAGGUUAUAUUAUUUUUGAGGUUAUCCAUUGGUAAAAGUUAAUACUUGCAACAAAACCUUUCGUCUUCAGAUCUAUCUGUAAGAAAUUUCCUGUCAGUGAGUGUGAGAGCUUUAUAUGAACUUCUUUGUACUUGAAAUACUUGAAAGUAAAGCUUAUAAAAAAAAAGUUUACAAAAGGUUUGUCAAAUUUUGUUAAUUCUUCAUAAAAAAGACAACAAGUUUUGUCAAAACUCCGACCAAUAAAAUCUUAUUGAUCAAACGUUUGACAAAAAUUUUCCGAAUUUUGUUUCAACGGAAAUCUACAAACUUAAAAAAAAAAUGACAAACAUCGUUAAAAGCGUGUUUUUUGUUAAUCGACUGUAUCGAUUUGAGAUUAUUUAGUCUCGGUUUUAUCUCUGUGCUUUCUUUUCAUUUCAUCAGACUUCUAUUUAAAAAAAAUCUUCAGUCUUUCAAUCCAGUUUUUUUUAUAAUAUUAGUUUAAUUAUUUCAUUUUAAUGUGGGAGGGAAUGGCCGUAUAUUCUACAUCGACUCCAAAUAUCUUCAAAGUAUCACUUUAAUUUUUUUGUUAAAAUAUUAAGCAAAUUAAGUUCAAAAGCUUUUAUCUCACGAAAGAUAAAAUAUUGAAAAAUUUCACAAAACAAUUUUAAAAAUAUAUUUUUUUGAUUUUUAAUAAUUUUUAUUAUUUCUUUUAUUUCCAUAUCAUAUUUUUCCAAAUUUUCCAUAUCUUUCUGAAAAAAAUCUAUCACAGUAUAGAAAGCAGAAAGAUAUUUGGAUAAUAAUUCCAGUAAAUACAUUUAUUUUAUUCACAAUAAAAUUUAUAAAAUUUGAAGAAAAAAAUUGAUCAUGUUUAAAAUUUCGAGCGCAAUCGUUUCGAGGCUGGAAAAAAGAUGAACUACGACUAAAAAAAGCAAUAAAAGUCUAAAAAGUCGGGAAAAGCCGAAAGUCUCAGAGAAACUCGCGAGUUUUGCAAAGAGAAAAAAAAGUAAAUAAAAACUUUUCUCAUGGAAUUUGCAUGAUUCGAGCAUCCUUGAAUCACGCCACAAACUGCGCCAUUAUUUUCAGCAUGGAACUGCAGUCAAAAUUGCCCAACGAUUGCCCUCGAAAUCAAAAUAAAAUUUCUAAAAACAAAAAAAAGAAAGAAAACUUCCCGGGAA